GCAUAUUGCGCCAAAAUGAAAACUGUACAUAUCAAACUAAGAAUGCUUAAAAAAUCCUAUUAUUCACUGCAGGACAAGCAUGAAUUUGUGAAGCUAUUUCUCAGCCAUGGAGCAGAUAUUUCAAAAAUUUUCAAUCCUGAAAUUAUUCUGUCAUUAUACCGGAACAAGAAAAUGUUAAAAAAUGCUCUGUUUUUAAAUUUGUUGAAGCCGCGGGCUGAUGAUGAUGAAAAUGAAUACGUUGAUGUUACACAUGACAAAAUUGAACGGGCCUUGAGGUCUUUAAUGGGUGAUGUUUAUUCUUAUUCUGAUGAGAAUGAACAAGAACCACUCAAGGAAUUGUUCCAGUUGUGCAUAUUGCUCAAUAGACGGGAAAUGUCAUUCGUUUUAUGGGAAGUUAUGAAAGAAAAAUUAUCAGCAGCAAUUUCUGCGACCAGGAUAUUAAAAUCUCUUUCUAAAAGGACAGAAAUAAAAGAAUAUAAAGAAGAACUACUUGAGCACGCUGAUGAGUACGAAACGAGAUCAAUUGGAAUUUUAUCCCAAUGUUAUUUUGAUGAUGAGGAAAAGACGGGAAAUUUAUUAAUUAGAAGAUUAAAACAAUGGGGAGGCCUUACUUCACUUCAGAUCGCUGUGGACGCAAAAAAUCGGAGUUUUGUAAGCCACCCUGCAGUACAAGCAUUGCUUAGUAAAAUAUGGAUGGGACCAAUGAAAGAAAAUACAAACAAUUUGAGAAUAAUACUUUCUGCUAUACUUUUCCCACUCAUGUUUUUGAUAAUUUCUUUUCGUGAAAUACCUGAUCAAAGUACCUCAGAAAAUGAUGAUUUAGAAUCUGUCAACUCAGAAGUUCCAAACAAUGAAUUGCUCAAGAAAGAUAACAAAGGAAAAACGAAAUCAACAUGGCGUCGGAAACUCGUGCAGUUCUAUCGCGCCCCAGUGGUCACAUUCUGGCUUCACGUACUUUCCUACCUGGUGUACUUGCUUCUAUUUGCUUAUGUUAUUCUCUUCAACUUUUACCCUCAAUCUGCUGCCGAUUUUUCACUUAGCAAUAUAUCGGUGCAAGAGUUUGUGUUAUGGGCGUGGGUGUGCGUCUUAGUGGUGGAUGAAGUAUAUGAGGUGUUGCAAAGAGACAGCAAACACAUAAUGGGGAAAAUAAGCAGCUGGUUUGCCGAUCCUUGGAAUAAACUUGAUGUGGUCGCUAUUGCCUUGUUUUUUAUUGGGAUUGGACUAAGGUUCCAAACAGAAGUAGAAGCGUCACGCACAUUACUUGCAAUUUCCUUCAUGGUUUAUUGCUGGAGAAUUUUGAACAUAUUUCUAGUUUAUGAAGCUCUUGGACCAAAACUAAUUAUGGUUGGAAAAAUGAUAAAGGACAUGCUGUUCUUCUUGUUCAUUUUAAUCAUAUUCCUGGUUUCAUAUGGAGUUGCAAGUCAAGCUAUUUUGUAUCCAAACGAAACAAAUUUCGGAACCGCCAUAGUUGGUGUAUUGAGCAAACCAUACUGGCAAAUUUAUGGCGAAUUAUUUUUAUCGGAAAUCCACUACGACCCAAGUGCAGAUGAGUUUACAUGUAGUAACAACGCAACACUGAUAGCUGCAGGUCAACGUAGAUGUCCCUCCAUUAACUGGGUUGUACCUUUACUAUCAGCAGUUUAUAUGUUACUUGCAAGUGUACUGCUACUUAAUCUACUUAUUGCUAUGUUCAGCUACACAUUUGAAGACCUGGUUGAAAAAACAGACAGUUUGUAUAAAUAUCAGAGAUAUGAAUUGUUGGAGGUUUAUUACCAGCGUUCUUCCAUUGUAACUCCAUUCAGCAUCUUGUCGUAUGGCAGACAAUUGAUUUUAUAUUGUGUCCGUGGCUGUGAUAGGAAGAAACAAAAAGAUAAAAGCAACCCAUUUGUUGUUGACUUAUUUGAAGAAGAUGAAAAAAAUCUCAUUAUUUGGUUGCAGUGGAACAGUUCAGUGUUUUUAAAUGAUGUAAAAAACAAAGAAAACCUGAGCAUUGAAAGCAAGAUAUCUGGAAUAAGUGAAAAGUUAGAGGCGCUCACAACCACAGUUGAUCUUGUUCAAAACCAACUCAGCUCCCACGACAAACUAACACGUAAAGUAAACAUGCUUGAAACCAAUCUAUCUCAACAAACGCAUCUGUUGGAAUUAAUAGCAUCAGCUCUCCAUGUAAAACCAUCGAAGGCCGACCACACCAAUAUAUUGCCUGUUCAACAGCAGCCACAAAGCGCUCCAAAAAGUAACCAAGCAGAAAAAUCAAGGAAAAGUAUUUCAAAAAGUUCUACUCCUGCUGUUAAACCACCUUCAGAUGAACCUCCAUUACACAUAAAGUCACGAACUGCUGCGUAUCCCGACAGCAGUAUUCAACGUUUUGUGGUUCCUGAUGAUAUGGUGCCUUGGAAUGUUUCAUUCCCUGAUUACAAGCCACCCCACUACACGGCACCAAGUGUGGCAAUUCAACCUUCAUGGGCGGAUCCUCAUGUGGAAGGUUCAAAUGCAAUGAUUGCAUUCCCGUUUAACGAAUACGAUAAAAAACGAAACGUUGACAGAAAAAGUUACAUGGGGAAUUAUGACGUAGUGUCUGGAUUGCCACGAAACCCUCGUGGUCGGACUGGGUUAACUGGUAGGGGUCUUCUGGGUCGUUACGGCCCCAACCACGCAGCCGACCCCAUAGUUACACGGUGGGAACGAGACGAACAUGGAAAUGUUAUAAUUAUUCGUGGGAAACCAGUGUUAGAGUUUGUUGCAAUCUGCAGGAAGGACACGGGUGAAUGGGCGAUACCAGGGGGCAUGGUCGACCCAGGCGAGUAUGUAACCGAAACUUUGAAACGAGAAUUCACCGAAGAAGUUCUCAUUGAUAUAGAUGAUGCCGAACGGACAGAAACGUCUUUUCUUAUCCAGAAACUGUUUAACUCUGGUGUUGAGGUGUACAAAGGUUACAGUGAUGACCAUCGUAACACAGAUGUGGCUUGGAUUGAAACUCGUGCGUUCAACUUUCAUGAUAACGACGGUUCGGCAUUUGGGAAAGUCAUGCUGCAUCCAGGUGAGGAGACAACGGGUGUACAAUGGCGACGAAUUGACCAAUCUACAAAACUUUUCGCUUCUCAUUUUCAAUUCCUUGAAGCAGUUGCAAAAAAACACAACGCCCAUUUUUAAGUGGGAUGUUUUGUCAUAUAGCCACAUUAUUAAGUUUAGCAAUAGAACUUUAAAAUUUAAGUUUCUAAUCAGUUGGGGUAAGAUGAUCCAUCUUUAUUAUUUCUUUUAUCGUCCCAUUUGGUAGUAAACAACGAAUGUAUAACCAUAUCGUCACAACUUUAAAACUGUUAUUAAUACUAAAACAUGAUUAGGAAAUAUUGGAUAUUAUGUGCUUACUAUGUCUGUCUUACUGCAAUCUAUUAUGAUACUACUAUUGGUGCUUGUUUCUAAUCAAAUUUUAAUGCAUUUUUGAACUAUUUUCUAUUCAAGUUUUUUUCGAUUAUUUUCAUUUAUUCAAACUUUUAUGCAAAUAUCAUUAUUAUUGUUGGUGAAAAUGUAUUUUUUAAUCAAGUGAAACAUGCUACUGUUUACAAUCAGUGAUUAUGCCUACUGUAAAUGGUAUUUUAAUGCAAAAUUACUUGUAUUCUUAUAUAUGUUGUAUGUUUCGUACUUUAAAACCUGCUACAUCAUUAGUUUAUAUAUCUCGAUAUUUAGGUUGUUUAAGUGGUGUCCGGCUGAAAUAAUUCUAUUGCAUUUGUUUUCCA